AUGGAAAGCCCAUUAAUUAUAAAAAGUAUAAAAGAGAUGAAUGAAUAAUGCAAUUUUGUACAGUCAACAAUUAAAAAAUUGAGAGAAAAGAAUUCACUUUAGUUCGAUCUAAAUGAAACUUUAAUUCAUUCAGAGAUUGAAAAAACAUCAUUAACAGAUGAGUAAAUUUUUGUAAAAAUUGGAAGAGAAUAAAAAAGUAUAUCAAGUAAAUGCCAUAUGCUAGGGAUUUUUUAAAGAAUCUUUCUUAUUUUUUUGAUUUAUAUAUUUACUGCUGUUCUAAAAGAGUAUGUUGAUAAAGUUAUUGAUGAUUUAGAUCCAUAUUGAUUUAUUAAAAGAAGAUUCUUUAAAGAUGUCAUUUCAAAUUCAUAAAAAUAGUGUUGUACAGAAAAAGAUGAAAAUUAUUAUAAAGUCUUAUCUAAAGUUAACCAACAUAUAGAGAAAACAGUAAUAAUUUAUAAUUCAUUGUCAGGAAUGCAAUUAAAUUUAUAUAAAAAUAAUGUUUUAUUUCAAAGCAAAUAGUACGCUUAUAAAUUGAUGUUAUAAUAAGUUUAUUGUAAAAUCUUCUAUAUGAUGAUUUGA